UUCUGAAGAAGUGAUUGGUCUCUGAAGUCACACCUUCCACAUUGUUUAUUCGAGGUCAAGGUCUUUUGUAAAGAAAUGUCGAUCAUUGGAAAAUUAAACUUUCAAGAACUGAAUAAUUUGAACUUAUGUGUGAAGAGAUUGGCUAAACAUUGCUGUAAACGACAAUUUAACAAACAGAUUUCAAAUUCCACACUUCGUGGUAAGUUUGGUUUCCUCUUUGACAUUGAUGGUGUCAUUGUAAGAGGAAAACGUCUACUUCCAUCAGCUAGAGCUGCUUUUGAAAUGCUGAUAGAUCGACAUGGACAUUUUCAAGUUCCUACACUUUUUGUUACAAAUGCUGGCAAUAGCUUACGGCAACAAAAAGCUGAACAGCUAUCAGAAUGGUUAAAAAUAAAGGUUGACGCUGACCAGGUUGUGAUGUCUCACAGUCCUCUGAAAAUGUUUCGACAGUUCCAUGACAAACAAGUGUUAGUCACAGGACAAGGGCCAGUUGUAGAUAUUGCUAAAGGCCUAGGAUUUAAAAAUGUGAUAACAGUAGACGAGAUACGACAUAUUUUUACCAGUCUUGAUAUGGUUGAUCAUAAACGUCGCAAAUCUGCCCCUUGUGGAUUUCAAGAUUACUUUCCAAGAAUAGAGGCUGUGAUAUUAUUUGGAGAACCAGUCAGAUGGGAGACACAUUUACAACUUGUAGUUGACAUUUUGUUAGCUAAUGGAAAACCAAACGAAGCACUAAGUGAAAUCCCUUAUCCACAUCUUCCAGUUCUAGCCUGUAAUAUGGAUCUAUUAUGGAUGGCAGAAGCAUGCAUGCCUAGAUUUGGACAUGGAUGUUUUCUUGUAUGUUUAGAACAACUCUACCAAAAACUUUCAGGCAGAGAACUUAAAUACACAGCAUUAAUAGGUAAACCAAGUGAAAUUACAUACCAUCAUGCAGACCAUCUCCUGUAUCAGCAAGCCAAACAACUAGGAAUGGAAAAUGUAGAUAAUAUAUAUUGUAUAGGAGAUAAUCCAGAAACAGAUAUAUAUGGUGCCAAUUUAUAUAACAGAUAUUUACAAAAUCGUGCCUUUCAACUGAGAAGCAAAAGGAAAAAGAGAGUUAUAGCAGGAAAUUCCUCAUCUCUUGAUGUGGACUCUGAUGAUGAUGAACUUAUUAGUUCUGUUGUUAAUACUAUAGAGGAUGAAGAAUUAGAGAGUAAUUAUGCUUUGAACUGUCACUCAAUUUUAGUAUGCACCGGAGUAUAUUGUUCAUCUCGUGACUAUGUGACUUAUGACAACAAAAAACCGUCCAACCAUAAUCAUAGAGACUUUGUUCUAGACCCUCAUCUCAAACAACCAAAUUAUGUUGUGCAAAAUGUACAUGAAGCAGUUCAAUUAGUCUUUCAAAAAGAACAAUGAUAUUAAAGAUUUUAGUGGAUUGGUUUUUAAGGAUAAGAAUCUUGUUAAUGUAUACACUUCCUUUUAUUGUUUUUAUUGUCAUUAUUAUUUAUUAUUUUUUAAAUGGUCAUCUUUA